CCGAGCGGCGCUCGCUCUCCUGGGGCCGCCCCGUUCCUGCUGUGCCAGCGACAGCUGCGCCAGGAACGGGGGAAAUCCGCUUGGGAUUUCACAAGCGCACAGCUCGGGCAGCUGCUUCCGAAACUCCGCGCUCUUCACUAAGGCCGCGUUGAGCCACUGGAGCGGCUGAGGGUACUGGGCUUGUUCAGCUGGAGAAGAGACGGAGCUGAGAACUCAUGAGAGGUCUGCAGCUUCUUCCUGAGGGGUAGCGCUGAUCUCUGCUCUCUGUGACCAGUGGGCUGCCUGUGUGUGAGGCAAAAUGGCUUUCAGUAAAGGAUACCGUGUCUAUCACAAGCUGGAGCCACUUCCCUUCAGCGUGAUGGUGGAAAGCAGGAACAGAGAAGAAUGUCUGCUGUUUGAGUCCGGAGCUGUGGCUGUCCUCUCUUCUGCCGAAAAAGACACAAUCAAGAACACGUACUCCAAAGUCAUGGAUGCCUAUGGGCUCCUGGGUGUGUUGAGAUUAAACCUCGGAGACACACUGUUCCAUUAUGUGGUUCUGGUGACAGGCUGCAUGUCUGUGGGAAAGAUCCAGGACUCUGAAGUUUUCCGAGUUACCUCCACCGAGUUGGUGUCACUGCGAGCUGACCCGGCAGACGAGGAUCGUGUUUCCGAAGUGCGCAAAGUGUUGAACUCCGGCAACUUUUAUUUUGCGUGGUCUGCGACGGGCGCCAGCCUGGACCUGAGUCUCAGUGCUCACCGCAGCAUGCAGGAGCACAGCACUGACAACAGGUUCUUCUGGAACCAGUCACUGCACUUACAUCUGAAGCACUAUGGUGUGAACUGUGAUGACUGGCUGCUACGCCUCAUGUGUGGAGGAGUGGAGAUCAGGACAAUUUAUGCAGCUCACAAGCAGGCCAAGGCUUGUCUCAUUUCACGCCUAAGCUGUGAGCGGGCUGGCACGAGAUUCAACGUCCGGGGAACAAAUGACGAUGGGCACGUUGCCAAUUUUGUUGAAACAGAGCAGGUGAUAUAUUUGGAUGAGUCUGUGUCAUCUUUCAUUCAGAUUCGAGGAUCUGUUCCAUUAUUUUGGGAGCAGCCAGGACUGCAGGUGGGAUCCCAUCGUGUCAGGAUGUCAAGGGGUUUCGAGGCAAAUGCACCAGCUUUUGACAGGCAUUUCCAAACUCUGAAAAAUUUAUAUGGCAAGCAACUUAUUGUAAAUUUACUUGGGGCAAAAGAAGGAGAGCACAUGCUCAGCAAAGCUUUCCAGAGCCAUUUGAAAGCAUCUGAACAUUCAGCUGAUGUCAAAAUGGUGAACUUCGACUAUCAUCAGAUGGUUAAAGGUGGAAAGGCAGAAAAACUACACAGUGUGCUUAAACCUCAAGUCCAGAAAUUCUUGGAGUGUGGAUUUUUUUAUUUUGAUGGAAAGGAAGUGAAGAGGUCCCAGAAUGGCACUGUCAGGACCAACUGCCUGGACUGUCUGGAUAGGACAAACAGUGUGCAGGCCUUCCUUGGCUUGGAGAUGCUGACAAAACAGCUGGAGGUAUUAGGAUUAGCUGAGAAGCCUCAGUUAGUAACUCGCUUUCAGGAGGUUUUCCGAUCCAUGUGGUCUGUGAAUGGUGAUUCUGUCAGUAAAAUUUAUGCUGGAACUGGAGCCCUUGAAGGAAAAGCAAAGGCUGGAAAGCUGAAGGAUGGUGCUCGUUCUGUGACCAGAACCAUCCAAAAUAACUUUUUUGAUAGCUCCAAGCAGGAGGCCAUUGAUGUUUUGUUAUUGGGAAAUACCCUAAAUAGUGAUUUAGCAGAUAAAGCACGGGCUCUCUUAACCACCAGCAGUUUACGCGCAUCUGUGAAAGUACUGAAGAGCAUGUGUGAGAACUUCUAUAAGUAUGCAAAACCGAAAAAAAUCCGAGUCUGUGUUGGGACGUGGAAUGUCAAUGGGGGGAAGCAGUUUCGAAGUAUUGCCUUCAGAAAUCAAACCCUCACUGACUGGCUCCUGGAUGCACCAAAGUUAGCUGGGAUCCAUGAAUUCCAAGAUCGCAAAAACAAACCUGUGGACAUAUUUGCCAUUGGAUUUGAAGAAAUGGUGGAGUUAAAUGCAGGAAACAUCGUGAAUGCCAGCACCACAAAUCAGAAGCUCUGGGCUGCUGAGCUGCAGAAGACCAUCUCCAGAGAUUACAAGUACGUGCUGCUGGCUUCAGAGCAGCUGGUGGGUGUGUGCCUCUUCGUGUUCAUCAGGCCCCAGCACGCUCCCUUUAUCAGGGAUGUUGCUGUGGAUACUGUCAAGACUGGCAUGGGAGGAGCCACUGGGAACAAAGGUGCCGUGGCCAUUCGGAUGCUGUUCCAUACCUCCAGCCUUUGCUUUGUGUGCAGUCAUUUUGCUGCAGGGCAAUCCCAAGUCAAGGAGAGAAAUGAAGACUUUGUAGAAAUAUCUCGCAAGCUUGGCUUUCCCAUGGGAAGGAUGCUCUUUUCCCAUGACUAUAUUUUUUGGUGUGGGGACUUCAAUUAUCGAAUAGAUUUGCCCAAUGAAGAGGUGAAGGACCUACCACAACAACAGAACUGGGAUGCCCUCAUAGCAGGAGACCAGCUUAUCAAUCAAAAAAACUCUGGACAGAUUUUUAGGGGGUUUCUGGAGGGCAAGAUCAAUUUUGCCCCCACGUACAAAUACGAUCUGUUCUCUGAUGACUACGACACGAGCGAGAAGUGCCGCACGCCGGCGUGGACAGACCGCAUCCUCUGGAGGAGAAGGAAAUGGCCCUUUGACAGAUCAGCUGAAGACCUGGAUCUCCUGAAUGCAAGUUUUCACAGCGACACCAAUGUCCCUUACACGUGGAAUCCUGGCACUUUGUUGCACUAUGGAAGAGCAGAACUGAAAACAUCUGAUCACAGGCCCGUGGUUGCACUGAUUGACAUUGACAUAUUUGAAAUUGAAGCAGAAGAGAGACAAAAAGUGUAUAAGGAGGUGAUUGCAAUGCAAGGACCACCUGAUGGUACUGUGAUGGUCUCCAUCAGAAGUUCUUCAGCAGAAGAAAACUAUUUUGAUGAUAACUUGAUUGAUGAUCUUCUUCAAAAAUUUGCAAGCUAUGGUGAAGUUAUACUUAUAAGGUUUGUGGAAGACAAGAUGUGGGUAACAUUUUUGGAAGGAAGCUCUGCUCUGAAUGUUAUGAAUUUGGAUGGUAUCGAGCUACAAGGAAGGAUUAUAGACAUCAACCUGAAAAAUCCAGAUUGGAUCAGAAGUUUGGAAGAUGAAAUGAAUCUAGAGAAGAUUAAUAUUGGGCUGCCUUCAUCAACAAGCUCCACUUUGCUUUGUGAAGAUGCUGAGGUUACUGCAGACUAUGACAUGGAAGGAGACAUCGAUGACUACAGUGCCGAAGUAGAAGAAAUCCUUCCUCAGCACCUGCAGCCGUCGUCGGGCUCGGGGCUGGGCGCCUCCCCGGGCUCCUCGCCGCGCUCCAGCCCCUGCCAGUCGCCGACGCUGUCGGAGGGACCCGCGCUGCCAGUGAGACCCAGCCGAGCCCCAGCCAAGUCCCCUGGGCCUCCUGUGUCCACGCAAGCCGACGUGCAGAGUGGUGGGCAGCAGAAGGAGCCUCCCCAGAGCCUGGAGCCCAAGCGUCCCCCACCCCCUCGGCCCGUGGCUCCUCCUGCUCGUCCUGCUCCUCCCCAGCGGCCACCUCCACCCUCAGUUCGUAAUCAGCCUCCACACGCAGCGGGUACGACCAGACCGACUGUUCCUCCUCGAGCUGGAGUUAUCAGUGCCCCACAAAGCCAUGUCCGUCCCUCGGGGGCAAGACCAGCACCUGAAAGUCAGAGCAAGCCAGCUGAACCACCAAGGGGCUCACCAUUGCUUCCUGAGCCACUGAAGCCUCAGGCUGCUGGCCCUGCUCAGCCCAGCACUCCCGUGCUGAGGAUGCAGGAGCCCCUGAUCCCUGUGGCACCACAUCCAUCUCAGGCAAGUGCCCCACCAAGUCUGGAGCCCCCCCAGCCGCCACCUCGGAGCCGCUCAUCUCACAGUUUGCCUUCUGAUCCUGCUCCCUCCCAGCAGCAACUGAGUCCCAACGGGCCAUCCAGCACUAACCCUGAACCCCAGCUCAGCAGUGACCCUUUCGAAGCCCUGUCAUUUCAGCUGCUCGUGUCCAAGAUGCAGGUGUCUGUCCGAACACCACCCGCUCCAACCUUAAACCAGAAGGAGUUGACACAGUUGCCUUCAGCAAGGCAAAGAAAUGCUGAUAAUUCCAAUGCUGUCAAUUGCAUGCCAGCAAUGCCUCCUAUUCCAACCUUUCAUUCAUCCCGGGAACAUCAGCACAGCUCUCCAAAUCCAUUUCUUACCGGGCUGAACUGCUCAAAUCCAUUCACGGAAAGAACCCCCAGUGCUGGGAACCCAUUUAGGACGGAACCGCGGGAGUCGGGGGUAACCUCACAGGUACAGGUAGGACCUGCUGCUUCCCACCCCUUCCCUCCUCUGCCCGCCCCCAGCUGUAGCACAAGCAGGGCUGCAUUUCCUCUGGGUGCAGCUGAAAGCACGUUGUGCUUGCCAAGUCAGUCUCUCAAGGUGGAAAACGUGCAGCCCAGAGGGUGGGUGACGUUUGACGAGGACGAGGACUUGCACACGAAGCUGAAGCCGUCUGCGAGCGUUCCGGAUUUUAAACGGCUCGGCUCCGGGAAAUCAGCUGGGUGCCCAGCUUUGCUGGGAGCAGAACAAAAGACUUUCCUCGGCUCAGGUUUUAACUUUGAUGGUGACUGGAAUAAAAGUUCUGCUGAUUGCUUCUGUACAAUGCCAGCAAGAAAACCACCUGCACCCCCUGUGCCAUCCAGAGCAGCCAGCAACAGGUCCCCUGCAGAUCCUUUCCCCUGCCCGGCACCCAAGGUGUCACCAACUCCUGAUUUUACAGAAAGAUAGGUGGUCAGAGAUACAAAAGGUUGUAUUUGUUGCUACACUUAUCCAGUAGAAUAACUGGGCAUUUGAGAUUAUUCUGUGUGCAAUAAUUAAUUGUUAAAUGCACUGAAACUUAACUCUGCUCAUAAACAGCCACUACUGCUUGUGUAUAAAUUUUGAAUGUGUAUAUAUGGUAGAGCACAAAUAAUGGUCUGAAGUUUAUUAAAAAUCUCGAUGUAAUAGUAUUUGAGUAGACAAAAAGAGAAGAAGGGUGAGCUACUGUCUCACUGAAACCUGUCAAUCCUGGACACAGAUUUUGCUUAGGGAGCUCUUUCAUUUCUGUUCUCCUCUGUGGAAUUUGACAAGAAGAGGCUCCCUGCUGGCAGCCUCCCCCCUCCCUUUUGACUGUUUUGUUAGUUGAUAUUUACAAGUAUUUACCAAAGAGCUGCCAAAGUUUAUUGAGAUUUGAAUGUCGACCAGUAUUGUUUAGAAGCUGUUUAAUUUAUAACAGAGGCUAUGGAUAUUUGUAAGGCUUAUAUUUGAAUUUGAGGCACAACAAAAAUAGUUUACUUUCAACAUAGAAACAAAACUUUGCAUAUUAAUAUAUUCAAUUAAUCUCCCGUCAGUACAUUUCAGUUACUAAAUGCUAUUGUGACAUAGACUCACUAGCACUAACUCAGAAUAAUUGUUCCAUAUCAUCCGUUUAUUCAUUACUAUUUUAAUUGUACUUCUUUUUUUCCACAAAUGGGAAACAGCAAGCUUUCCCUCAACCUCUGGAAAAAAAGUCCCUUUGGCUUUGGAGGUGCAGAACUGUAUUUACCAGUUGCAGACUAUGUAGUCUGCCAGCCAGGGGCUGCAACACCACGCUCGGACUGUGUUUAGAGUAGUGAAGUAUCGCAGGGCAGCACGCUUCUUACAUCCUCACAUGCUCUGAUCCCUGAAAUAGUCAGUGUUCCUUCGGACAGCCCCUGGUUAGACACGAGCUGCAGCCGCCUCGAGGAGUGACAGUGAGUUUCCUACGGCGCUUCUUUCCCCUCGGCUCCUUCACGUUGUACUUUGGGAACAGCAGUGCUGCUGCUCGUGCUUCCGUGUGUGAGAUACCUUGUUCUACGCUCUUGCUGCAAACAUCUGUGUGGUUGAUGUUCUGGAGUGUUCUCACGAUAGCAAACCAAAUUCGGGGCGAACUUUUGCUAGUGGGAGUCACGUGAUAAAUAUGUUGUCGGAUAUUUAAUUGCAGUGAUUAAAGGCUAUCUGUCUGAACUGUA